GUAGCUCUAUUAAUAGCUAAAAAGCACUUGUUAUAAGAAAGAGCAGCUGCCUCUAAGCUUCUCCUAUCAAGGAUUUGGUCAAAUUUGCUCCAGAAUUCUUAAUACAGGUUUGUUUGUCUCCAACCAACCAAAAUGGCGGCCGGAAUUUAUUUCAUCCUAAACCACGCCUUACAACCGUAAAAAUUUCUGAUAAUCUUCCUACGCAUUCAAUUCUCGCCUAGGGUGGUCUAUUAGGCCAGCAUUAUUCUGGAAUUGAAGUGCUACCUAUUAUUCCCAAAAUUAUUCCGGAAUAAUCGGGACACCCCUAGUUGUAACUACCUGUGCUUUUUGUGCAGCUCUUAAAAUGGGAUCCUAUGCUGUGUUGCUCUCCUUCGCUUUGCUCUUUAUAUGCCAGUUCCAAACAGUUUAUCUAGUAUCAUUAAGGAAGAUGACCCUGGAUCUCAGCAGGUCUACACCUGAAGUUGCUAAAAGCCUUUCAUGUGAUGCUUGCUCAGAGAUGGUGGAUGCUGUCAGGAAACUGGCUGAGCUACAAGCCAGUGAAUCAUUGAUAGAAGAAGUAUUAAUAGUGUACUGCAAAAAAUUUAAUCUAGCUGAUGAUCGAAUAUGUAAAAUGAUCAUACCAGAGUUCAAGGACGAAGUGCUGUAUGUGUUUGAUCAUACUGCACUCUCUACUCGGGAAAUAUGUGGCACUAUUCUCAAUAAUAAAUGUGGUACAAUAUAUGAUCCUCUUAAUCAACAAUGGAAUGUUACUAUUCCUGGUGGUAAACCUCCCAUUAAACCAUAUCAACCACCAAAAGUAAACAUUACUAACAAAAUUCUUCAUAUUUCUGAUAUUCAUUGGGAUCCUCAGUAUACUCCUGGCCUUCAAGCUCAAUGUGAUGAACCAUUGUGCUGUAGACCACCAAUACCUAAAGGGGAAUCAAAUAAUUCUGCUGGUUUUUGGGGUGAUCCGCGACAGUGUGAUUUACCAAUGCAAACACUUCUAAAUCUAAUAGAAUAUCUUAAUGAUACUCAAGAUCAGUUUGACUGGAUAUACCUUACUGGAGAUUUGCCACCACAUAACAUUUGGAAUCAGACUCAAGAUGAUCAGAUUUAUAUAUUUAAUAAAAUUAUUAAUUUGUUCUAUGAGUAUUUACCAAACAAGCCACUAUUCUUUUCAGUUGGUAAUCAUGAAAGUGCACCUGUUAAUAGUUUCCCUCCUGCUUCUAUCACUGAGUAUUCAAUGUCAUGGCUAUAUGAUGAUGCUGCUGAGCUGCUUCAGAAAUGGCUAACCACAACAGAUGCUAUUAAUACAUUUAAAAGCGGUGGAUUCUAUUCAAUUGACUUCAAUGGAUUAAGAAUUAUUUCUUUGCAGACUAACUAUUAUAAUAAUCAAAAUUGGUGGUUGCUAAUCAACAGCACUGAUCCUGAUGGAAUGUUACAUUGGUUUAUUGAGAAGUUGCUUGAUGCUGAAGCAAAAGGAAUGAAGGUUCAUGUACUGGGUCAUAUUCCUCCAGGUAGUGAUUCUUGGGGUCAGAACUAUAAAAAAAUCGUGUCAAGAUUUGAGAACACUAUUGCUGGGCAAUUCUUUGGUCACACUCACAAUGACACCUUCACUGUUUUAAUGGAUUUUGAAACCAGUUCUACUCCAAGGCCAUAUGGUGUAUGGUAUAAUGGCCCUAGUGUAACCACUUUUAAGUGUCAGAAUGCAGGAUAUAGAGUUUAUACUGUUGAUGGUAAUUACAAUGAGUCGUCUAGACAAGUACUGGAUCAUGAUACAUACAUACUAAACAUUACUGAUGCUAAUCUUACUAAUAAACCAAAAUGGAUCCAUGAAUACUCAGCUAAAGAUGCAUACAAUAUGACUAAUCUAACACCUGAUAGUUGGUUAUCUUUACUGAAGGAGUUUUUAACUAAUAAUGAUCUCUUCUUGAAAUAUUAUCAUUACAUUUUUAAGUCAUUUGAGUUGGACAUGGAAUCACAAUAUUCGACCUCCAUUUGCUCAAAUGCCCUAAAUAAAAACUUGACAAUCUGUUCUUGUUUAACAACAUUUAGCAAUAUCUCUGCAUGCAGUGCUCUUGAUUCUGAUAGUGAUCUAAAUAUUACAAGAGAACAAAUGAUAAACUUUUAUGCUACAGCUCAUCAACACUGCUGAUUAGAAUUUUACUGAUAAACUUUUAUGCUACAGCUAAUCAACACUGCUGAUUAGAAUUUCAGAAUAUAAUUUCCUGUGUGCCAGUGUGUGGGCGUAUUAUACAUAUUAUA